UCCGCCAUGUCUGCAACGUCAUCAACUUGAGCUUCCUUACUCUCUUAUCGACACACACUUGCAAGCUCUUCUCCAAAAGCACCUUCAACGAUACCACCUCUUCCAACAUCACAUUCAGUUUCUCCAUUAUCGCACCAAUAGGAAUGAGGGUUUUAAGAAGCCUCGAGGUCUUGAAACUGGGAGUUGUCAACUACUUGGAUGCCUUGAAACUGCAAGAAAAGCUGGUCUUGGAUAGAAAAUCUCAUAGGAUGUGGGAUACUCUUCUGUCUUUGCAACAUCCACCUACAUACACUGUUGGCAAGAGACAAACUGUUCACAAUUUAUUAAUCCCACAGUCGGAAUUGGAACAAAUUGGAGCUGAACUUCACUACACACAACGGGGAGGAGACAUUACAUUUCAUGGUCCACACCAAGCCAUUUUAUAUCCUAUCAUAUCACUUCGUGACAUGGGAAUCGGUGCUCGAAGUUAUGUGGAAAAAAUGGAGCUAAGUAUGAUUGAAAUGGCAGCUCAAUACGGUGUGAAGGCUUUGUUAGAGGCUGAUACCUUCACAGGUGUGUGGGUUGGAGAAAGGAAGAUAGGUGCCAUUGGUGUUCGGAUAUCAAAUGGAAUCACUUCUCAUGGUUUGGCAUUCAACAUUGAUCCUGAUUUAACUUACUUUAGGCACAUUGUUCCCUGUGGAAUUGCUGAUAAAGAAGUUACAUCACUGAGAAGGGAGACACAUUCUAUUUUUCCACCUGAAGAAAUAAUACAGGAACAGUUAAUUUCUUGUUUUGCAAGAAUAUUUGGUUAUGAUAACCUUAUCUGGAAAGAGGAUGCUUCAGUAGUUAUUGAUGGAACCGAAUGA